CACGCGCCGCGGUCGCCACAGUACUCUUGAAGUUCCGCCGCGGAACUCGACGCUUGUGUUUGGUUCAAGGAUUCAAGGUUCGGUAGUGUAAGCCGUUGCUGACUUCGUGGCAUUUGGAAAUUGAUUUCCAGUGCCACUGAUGUUCUGCGAGGGUUGUUUGUAAUUAGCAAAAAUGGGGGGUAUACAGACCACACCCACCAACUCCCGUGAAUUCGAAAAACAGACAGCAGAAUGCGCCGAAAAGCACGCUGGCGUCACCCUGGACUACGGCUAUUCGUAUUGCAAUGCAACCUAUGACGGGUACCUGUGCUGGCCGCCGACACAGGCAGGCGCAGUUGUUGAACAAAACUGCCCCACUGAACGCCUAAGCGAUACAUCGAGCCACGCGUUUCGUAAAUGCAGUGAAGAAGGGCUGUGGGUUGGUCGACGGCCUAACGAAACAAGCCCCUUCGGUUGGACCAACUUCACGCCGUGUUUCCCUGUAGAGGUUCAGCAUUUAUUGAAUUUGGUGUACGACAAUGAUGACCAAAGUACGCAGACAAAAUUUGACAUUGCCAGUUCCACGCGAUUAAUGGAAAUUAUUGGAUUCAGUAUAUCAUUGAUUGCGAUAUGUGUGUCACUUAUCAUAUAUACACAAUACCGAUGUUUGCGAAACACCAGGACAAGGGUACAUUGCUCUCUCUUCUCAGCUAUGUUACUUCAAGUGAUCAUACGUUUGAUUCUCUACGGGGAUCAAGCCCUAGUUCGCUCAUACCAAGAAAUCUCCGGGAAGUCCGUUAAACAAGGAAUCGAUAAUAUGCCAUAUCUCUGCGAAUCGUCGUACAUCAGCUUAGAGUACGCUACAUCCGUGAUGUUUACAUGGAUGUUAAUUGAAGGUUUAUACCUUCAUCAAGUGGUUACAACGAACUUUCUCCGAGGUGAAAUACAUUUUAAAUAUUAUUACAUCAUUGGCUGGGGUCUACCAGUAGUAUUCACCUCGGCGUGGGCUACCCUGACUGCAAUAAAUUACGGGCAACGGAAAAACCGUAUUGAAUGCUGGUAUGGAUACAAUUUUCAUAGGUUGUAUUGGAUUUUACAAGCCCCGAGACUCGGAGUAAUACUGAUUAACUUUGUCUUCUUAAUCAACAUUAUGCGUGUCCUGAUCGUGAAAUUGAGACACACCACUACUUCUGAACUAGUACGCGUUAGGAAAGCAGUGCGUGCCGCAUUAGUUCUUCUACCAUUGCUGGGCAUCACGAACAUUUUAUCCAUGGUAGAAGGCUACGCCACCAGCCAUGGAAUUGUUGUAUUUCAAAUAUGGAGCUACGUCACUCAUUUCUUGCGGUCCUUCCAAGGGUUCUUUAUUGCGGUGAUCUACUGCUUCUUGAACGAAGAGGUGAAACAAGCAGUAAAGAAGCACUACCGAAACUACAUGGCUAUGAGAUCGGACGCUCGCCGCCAACAACGAACAGCUCGCGCUUGCAAAGACUUUGCAUCACCACAAGACCCUGGCGACGACAUACCAGGCUGUAGCGACGAAACAAAAUCUUGGGUGGCCCUACGCAACAUGCGCUACAAUAGCUACGACUGUCCAGUAGCUAACAUCAGGCAAUCCGAAACCGCAUUCGGCGCUGAAAUAUCUACUGAUUACAGGUCGGCCCCAGAGAACAUAGUCUUCGAAGAACUAAGCUUCGGCUACGACCGCCGCCGUGACCCGGAGAAGAACUUUGAAUUGGUGACUAUUUGACCCCGCGAGCAGACUGUGCAGUGUUAGGUUCCGAAACAAGAAGUAGAAGUCCAUCAUGACGCUGAACCCACUUCUGGACGAGUACACUACAUCGACGAAAUUACUGACAAAAGCUUGUCAAACUAUUGUUGCCCUUGUUUGUUAAUACUGAACAUCAAGGAAUAUAUAAAAUAAGAUCUAAUUAUCUAAUGCUACGUAGUUUUUAAAAAACAAUAUUUAAUGUAAUUUCGAUAGCAUUGUAGCAGGAGCGUAGCUACCGAUGUAUCAGCAGUAUCAGUGAUACGGAGUCCCUUUGGGGCCUCUCUUGACCCUUACCUACAUUUAACUAAGCGAGUGCCAAAAAGUUCGCACUGCCCUGAAGAGCCCCCAACAAAUAUAGUUAUAGGGCCCCUAUAUGGCAAGCUACGCUACUGCAUUGUAGGUAUAAUAUUUUUCAUACCACCACCACUUUAUACCUAAAUAUUUUUCUAUGUACAGUUAUUAUCUAGAUGUGAUAAAAACGUUGUUAUUUUUCAAAUACUUACCACUUUGGACCAUUUUAAAUUUUGAGAAAUAUAAUAUUUAUAUACAUGUACCUACACGAAAUCAAAGACAACUAUUUUAUUCAUGUUUAUAAAUUAAACUUAAGGUAAAUACUUUUAAAAUAAAUAGAGUACCUACUA